AAAACAACAGCUUCUUUGAAAACACAUCUUCUUUGUGCUUGCAGUUAAACUUGCACUUUGUUGCCAGCUGACAACCUAACCGGGUGGAACAAUUCUCAUUUGUGUGGUUGAGGAGCGGACCAGUCGCGGAACACAAGAACUGCACUUCACGGUGACGGGAUUUUGCCGGGCGGAACAGUAAUGGAAUUGGAGGGUCCUAUCCAGCUGGUUGAAUGUUCACGGGACGGUGAGAUUCGGGUGAACCCCGAGGCCAUCCGGACCCUGUCGCACCUUCCUCCACCACUUCGGGUGGUGAGCAUCUUUGGACCUCGCCAGACCGGGAAGUCUUUCCUGCUUAAUGCCCUGGCGGGCAGCACAGGGUUCUCAGUCUCCAAGGGAAGCAAUCACAAAGAACUGGCCAUCAACAUGUGGGUUCUGCCAGUCACAGAGGAUCCGUACUACACCCUGAUUCUAUUGGACACUGAGGGCUAUGAGGAGGACCUGGAUAUUGAAGCUGCUGCAUUUACCUGCCCAAUUUUCACUCUGUCGGUGCUGCUCAGCUCCAUGUUCCUGUACAACAGCUGGGGCCCUGUGAGUACGGACGUCCUGGACCAGCUCCUUCAUAUAACGACGCUGACCAAUCAGGUUAACCUGCCUGCCAUUGGCUUGGCAGGGGAGAGUCUCCUGCCAAAGUUUGUGUGGUGUGUACGAGACUUUGACGCGGGCAUGGUGAUGGGAGACGUGGAGCUGGUGCCCGAGGACUUCUUAGAUUCUGUCUUCAAUGACGCCAAAGACUUGCAGUCUCCCUCCGGCAUCAUUUGUAAGCUUUUCUCCCGGGACAGGAUGGAGAUCUUUACUUUCUGCCACCCUCAGGAUGGUGCCGAGCCUUUGGAUGAGAUCCCGAUGUGUAUGCUUGAGCCCAGCUUUCUCAGGCAGGCCUAUGUCCUGAAAAGAAGCUUCUCCAGGAGUAGCCUCAAAGUCUUCCGGGAUUAUCAAGCCCUGAGUGGCAGAGAGCUGGGAGACAUUUUGGAGCAGUUUGUGGACAGCAUGUCAAGAGGCUCCCUGAUCCUGCUGGACCUGGUCUUGUCCAGGGACCAUGAGGUCUCCAGAGAGGAGCAAGAGGUCCCUCCAAAGUGGCAAGAGUUCCCCGUAAAGGAGCAAGAGGUCCCUCCAAAGUGGCAAGAGUUCCCCGUAAAGGAGCAAGAGGUCCCUCCAAAGUGGCAAGAGUUCCCCGUAAAGGAGCAAGAGGUCCCUCCAAAGUGGCAAGAGUUCCCCGUAAAGGAGCAAGAGGUCCCUCCAAAGUGGCAAGAGUUCCCCGUAAAGGAGCAAGAGGUCCCUCCAAAUUGGCAACAACCUGUGGUGGAAAAUGUGAUGCCACUGAGAGAAGCACCGGCAGAUCGACCCAGAGCAGCCUCUGCAUCCGGUGGAGCAGGCAAAAUACCGGUGGGACAUCCUGUGGACAUGGAGAAGCCAGUCUGUCUGAUUGAGAACACAAGUGCAGGUGAACUGCAGGUGAACCAGGAAGCCCUGAAGAUUCUGAACUCCAUCAGGCAGCCUGUAGUGGUGGUGUCCAUCGUAGGGAUGUACCGCACGGGUAAAUCGUAUCUGAUGAACAGACUGGCUGGGAAGCAGACAGGGUUCUCCUUGGGCUCCACUGUCCAGGCUGAGACUAAGGGCAUCUGGAUGUGGUGUGUGCCCCACCCUCAUAGAGAUAACCAAAGUCUGGUCCUGCUGGACACUGAGGGUUUGGGGGACGUUGAAAAGGGGGAUUCGAAGAAUGACAUCUGGAUCUUUUCCCUGGCUGUCCUCCUGAGCAGCACGUUCAUCUACAAUAGCAUGGGCAACAUCAACAAUGAAGCUGUGAUGAGCCUGCACUAUGUGACAGAGCUAACAAAGCACAUCAAGGUGAAGUCCAUCAAGGAGAAGGAGGAAGAUACGACUACCGACUAUGUCCGUUUCUUCCCCAACUUUGUCUGGGCUGUGAGAGACUUCACUCUGGAGCUGAUGAUCGAUGGAAAGGCUGCCACUGCUGACCAGUACCUGGAGAACUCCCUGAAGCUAAAAAAUGGUGCUAGUAAAGCAGUUAUCAUCAGUAAUGAUGCCCGGGAAUGCAUCCGGAACUACUUCCAGGAUCGGAAGUGCUUUGUGUUCGACCAUCCCGGCUCCAAGGAGCAGCUGAAGUUGCUUGAUAAACUGCCAGAUUCAGAACUGGACCCUCAAUUUGUGGAACAAACAUCUGCUUUCUGCAACUAUGUUUUCAGCUGUUCCAAGGAGAAGACCAUGAAAGGGGGAAUCUCAGUCACCGGGAACUUGCUAGGGAACCUGGCGGUGACGUACGUGGACGCCAUUCGGUGCGGGAGUGUUCCAUGUUUGGAGAACGCAGUGGACGCGCUGUCUCAGAUCGAGAACUCGGAGGCGAUCGAGGAGUCUUUCGCCCUCUACAGACGGCUGCUGGGAAAGCGGGUGAAACUGCACACUGAGACUCGGGAGGAGCUCUCCAGAGUUCACGACGGCUGCCUGAAGGAGGCGCUGCAGCUCUUCAUGAAACGCUCCUUCAAGGACGAGGACCACAAAUAUCAAGAGGCACUCAUGGAGCGGGUAAAAGCUGAAUACGACCAGAAGUGUAGAAACAACGAGGAUAUGUCCCGGGAUUUCUGCGCAGCUCUGCUCUUCCAGCUGGAAGACGACAUUCAUAUGGGUCCAGAGGAACGCUACAUGAAGCCAGGGGGAUAUAAUCGCUUUAAGGCUGACCUGAAGAAUUUAGUUAGUUUAUACAAAAACAAGCCGGCCAAAGGUGUGAAGGCAGAGGAAGCCUUGAAUGACUACCUCAAGGAGAAAAACGAACGGGAGAAAAUGAUUUUGACAGCAGAUAGAAAUCUGUCAGCACAAGAGAGGCGUCUUGAGGAGCAGAGAGCCCAGGCAGAGAGGGAGAAGCAGAGAGCAGAUGCAGAAAGAGAAAAGCAGAGGGCCCUGGAAGAAAAGAUAAAUGAUAUAGAAAGAGCUCGCCGGGAGAACGAGAGACAACUUAGGGAGAAAAUGGAGAGAGAUCGGAUAACGUUAAUGCAGGAAAACCAGAGAGUAAUGGACCAGAGACUGAGGGAGCAGCGUGCGCUGAUGGAGGAAGGGCAGAAGCAGAAGGCCAAACAAUUGGAAGCGCAGAUCCAGCAGUUGCGGAAUCAGAACAGCUCGCAGAGAAACACCAGAAGAAGAGGAGUCUGUGUCCUGUCCUGAGUCCAGUGGCUGAAACAUGGGUGUUGUUCGUGGUUCAUUAUUUUUCUGUGUUUAUGCACAUUUGCAGUGCACAAGAGGACCCAACAAAUGUUUGUGUUGCAUUGCUAUUGAAUAUAGGAUAGUACUGUGUUACUUAGUAUUAUUUGUGCACUUUCCAUGAAGUCGAAUAUGUAAUUCAACCAUUUACGAGUAGACCAUUUCAUUUUCUGGCAUAAAAUGAAAAUGCUAAUGGAGGUACCUGCAUGUGUAAGUGCUGUUUUUUUCUUCCCUGAUGAAAAAAUCUAAAAUAAAAGUUGUGGCUCAAAAAA